AUGAAGGAAUAUCGCUUACAACAAAAUAAUAAGAUUUCUAAUAAAUUGGGCUUGGAUAAGGAGGUAUCUAAUCCCAGUGACUGUAACAAAGUUAAAGCAGUAAAUAAAAACUCCAACUGUGGAGGAAGGUAUCAUGUUGCCGAAGAAUGUCGCAAACCAAAGCGAGAAACUGGAUCUUGCUUUCUGUGUGGCUCUAUGGAUCACAAGAAACCAGAUUGUCCAAAGCGUUCCGCAUCGACAUGGAAGUCAAAUAAAGCAAAAGAAAUGGAUAAGUCUACAAUGUCUACUAUGUUGGUUGAAAAUGUUGUUGUUGAUGCUGUACAAGAAGGUGGUUGGUGUGAUAUUUGGUGA